AUGUGGACACGGCAGAAGAGGAAUCAGCACAAGACGACAUCUUCCAUGAAUAAGGCAGAGAAGCCGGAUAUGGAUAGCGUCAACUUGCAACAGCCGAGUGAAAAGCCCUUUGCAUCAACUGUGAUCGGCCCCAAUGAAGAAGACUCGGGUAGUGACGUUUCUGCAUCACCAUCAGAUGUAGAGAAUUCUUUCAACACUGUACGACAAUCCCCAGCUGGGCCGAACCACAGAUCAGCCUCCACUCCUGAUACCAACCCCCCUCUUCAGCCGGAGAGUCUAAGUGCAAUCAAGCAACGCCUUGCCGAGUUGGAUGCUGUUGAUGAUGUAUUAGUCACCAGAAGGAACAAGCUAAUUGCUAAACGUGAGCGGAAGGAUGAAAGAAUCCGGAAGAGAUUGGCGGCAGAGGAUGCAAGGGUCAAAAGGCAACGGGACGAAGAAGACGCUCGUCGUACUCAAUCUCGUAGAGCAAAAGAGGAGCGAAUUCGUAAACGACGAGAAAUGGAAGACGCGGAGUAUCGGCAAAAGGAAAAGGCGCACGAUGACGAAGAGGAUGAACUUCGACGCAAGCUCAAGAACCUCAAACGAGGUCGUCCAGUGGACGAUGAGGUCACGGAAACCCGUCGUGCCAGCACGGUAUCAGAGUCUAUGUCUCCACCAGCGAAGAAGCAUCAACCAAAUCCUGCACCAGUUCAGGCGCUGAACUCGCCCUCGAGACCUAACGCAAUGCAGCCUUUGCAAUCUCCCCAGCAAGAUCAGCAGCCAAAAGCCCAGUACCCGUACUAUUACAGUUGGCAUCCUCCCCCCAUCGCUGGACCUUAUACGUAUGGGCCCGGCGAGACCUAUCCACCCCAGAAUCAAUCCCACCCACCACAGCAUAACCAUUUACAAUCAUCUCCGUUGCCAAAUGGCGGUCGGCCUCCAUUUAAUCCUCCUGCCCCACCUCCUAGACAUGGUCCAUCUCCUAAACCAACUACACCACUUUCUCACGCUCAGUCACCUCGCCAUCAAGCCCCGGCGCCUGCGCCACCGCCACCACCCCCUCCACCUCCACCACCAGGUCCAUCACACUAUGACGUUCGCCCUCCUCCAGCUACCUCAACUUUUACAUCUAUCAAUGCCCCGCCUUCAGGCUUUCCAUCUGUCAAUCAACCUCCUCCCCAGACCAUAAGGACACCCAUUCAGCCGGCCUCUAAAACAAAACGCGGACAUCAAUCGUCAGCCAAAGCUCAGGCUCUUGCACUUGAAGCGGGUACGGACCAUUCACCAUCUCACCCGCCGAUUAGCAGUCCACCAGCUUCAACUCCAACCCUCGGGGGAAAGCGGAAGGCAUCCACCACCCAUCCAUACUCUCAAUCCGAAGCCUUUGCAAAUCGUCAUCAUCAUUGUGAACGUACCGAUGAACUCGAUCGUGGUAUCUGGACGUAUUUCGGUCCUGGAGGAACGAAAGAAGCACCAACCGUAGCGGGCAAGAAGGAGAUGUACCUAAGAUGCAACCAUGAUGGCUGCAUGAGGAUCGAUUGGAAGACUGUCCAUGGUCUACAGUGCCAUAUCGUCAAGAACCAUGGUAUACCUAAGGGCACCAUUGGCAGUCUCGAGCUAGCGCUUGAGAGAUAUGGAGUUCCAGUGCAAGAUAUCGAGGAUCAUGAGAAGAAACAUGGACUCGGCUCUGCUGGCACAAUGGCUGAGAAAGGAACCCGUGGGAGGCCACGUGCCAGCAGACCAUCCGAUGAGAUAGUCGCGCCACGAUCUACUGGAGCUGCAUCUGGACCCGUUGCCGGACCGACCAUCGCACCACCUAAGCCUCCCUCUGCCGCUCGACCCAAGCCUUCUGCCCCAAUAGUACUGUUUCCGAACUUAGCUGCAAGGAGUCCUAGCGGAGGCUAUGUUCAAGACGAUAUUGUGUACUCGGAAGAAGAAAGUGAUGGAGACGAGUCAUCAGUUGAAGUCAAGCCAUCCGUGCCCAGGCAUGUUACAGCUCCCAUUCAAUGGAAAGCUUCAGAUUCUGAACUCUCGACGCCAUCCACUGCCAAGGUAGAAGGUGAUGAUGGAUUGCGUCUACCGGUACCUCGAUCCGCACCGAUUGAGCAUGGAAACCCUCCCACGAUUGACGGCCCCAAAUCACCCGAGCCCAGGCCAACCUCCGGCACCGAGACAUUGGCCGUGACUGACACCGCUCCAAUUUCUGCCGAAAGCCUUCCAGCACCAUCUACCAAACUCCCGCUCCACUCUGUCGCAUCAGCAACACCCAUGGGCACAGAAACACAAAACAUCGUCUCGGCAGCAGAGCACGUAAACGCCCGUCUCGAUACCCAAGACCCAGAGUUCACCGAAACACACAAAAACCAGACCGAAACACACACGCAAAACCAGACUGAAACACACACGCAAAACCAGACCGAAGCACACACGCAAAACCAAACAACGCAAGCAACCAGUGAUUCUCAGGACACAGCGAUUCCCAGCACGAAAUCCACCUCCCGUCCACGAGGUGGAGAACGUGAACGUCGAGUCCCCGCCUCCGAGCGCUGGGAUUGGGCUCCCAUUGAAGAUGACGACAACGCCACCGCCACGAAUCCUAGCACGAGCACUACGAUAACGCUGUCGAAGAGGAAGAAUAGCACGGCCAGCGGGAAUACGCUGACCAAGGCGCAGCAGGAGUUACAGGGGAUUGAUGGGUCUGUGGGUGGUGAUGGAGAUGGAGAGGAUGGUGGUGCGGGUGGUGAGGAUGGAAGUGGGAAUGGAAACGGAAAUGGAAGUGGAAAUGGGAGUGUGACGACAAAAAGUCCGGCUACGGCAAGGCAUAGUGCUAGGAAGAAGACGAGGAGGAGAGUUGAUGCUUAG